CAAAAAGCUCGCGCCACAGCAAUGGAGGAGCCCGUGGGGAAGGCGCAGCAGCCCUGCAGCAUCUGCAUGGAGCCCAUGGCGCCUUCUGACGCCCACCGCGGCGGCAGCGGGUGCGCGCACGCCUUCUGCCGGGCGUGCCUGGUGGGCCAUGUCCGCGCCAAGGUCGAGGCCGGCGCGGCCGUCGUGCGGUGCCCCGGUGUGUCCUGCGCCGGCGCUCUCGACCCGGAGCUGUGCCGCGCCGCCCUCCCGGCCGACCUGUUCGUGCGGUGGUGCGGGGUGCUAUGCGAGUCCAUGUUCCUCGGGGCGCGGCGGACCUACUGCCCUUUCCCUGACUGCUCCAAGAUGAUGGUGGCCGACGACGACGGUGGCGGCGCGUCCGAGGGGUGCGUCACGCAGUCGGAGUGCCAGGUGUGCAGGCGGCUGUUCUGCGCGCAUUGCGCGGUGCCGUGGCACGCCGGCGUGAGCUGCGCCGAGUUCGCGCAGCUCGGCGCCGGGGAGCGCGGCCGUGAGGAUCUGCUGCUCGUUGAGGCCGCCAGGGAGUGCAAAUGGAAGCGCUGCCCGCGGUGCCGGUUCUACGUCGAGAAGUCCCAUGGCUGCCUGCACAUCACAUGCAGGUACGUACUAACACCUACUGUAGAUGAAUUUGCGACACGCCCAUAUGCAUGCUUCUCUAAUUUAGGAGCUAUAGGCUGA